AGAAAUUAACGCGAACAAAUGAAUUGUGCCAUCCGAAAUGGGAACUCGCAAAUAGUGUCACGGAGAGAAAUACCAACAAAAAAAUGAUGUAUUUUCAUUUUAAGCUGGAUGAUAAGUGAAAACUGUUUUUCUUUUUUUUUUUUUUGAGACAACCAAUCUCAUGCGCCUCCUCAAAGGACGAAGCACUCUUGUUGUUUGUUUAGAAACGCCACACCUACUGCCCAGAAAUCUCAAGCAAUAGUGGGACGAUUAAUGUGUUAGUUAGCCUUGCAUCUUUAGAGUGGCUAAGAGUAUCCACCAAAGUUUUCAUACUGGAGUGAAAAUAAAGUGAAGACUCUUUGUGUGGAUCAUGUUCAAUUUUAUGAAAAAAGGCGUAUCUGUGUCCAGCAGCAGCGCCAGCGAUAGAGAAAAGGCCGAAAGGGAGGAAAAGGAGAAGCGUAAACGCGAAAAGAAACAGAGGAAGGAUGGCAAAAAUGUGCCCGGUGUCUCGGGCAGUAUGAGCACAGAAGAACUUCUUAGGUUGGACGAGGUUCGGCGUUCGCUGAAGAUUCGAGGACGGCGAAAGGAAAAGGAGAAACUGCCCAGCGGAAUUACAGCAGACUACAGUGCAGAGUUUUUUGCUGCUUUAAAUGCCGACUCGGUCGGCACUGAGCUGGAUCGUGGCAAUGAAGAAAUUGUAGCAUCUGUACAUACUACCAUAGAGAGCCGUUAUAAUGGUAACGGAACUCCAACUACCAAACAUUCCAUAAGUGAAUCCAUAACGUUCACUGGUGCUGCAGGCGAUUUAGCUAAGAAUCGUUUUAUGCUUCCCGUACCACCCAAGCCGCCAAAACGUGGAAUAUUAAAGGGCUCCCGAAGCAAUAUUAGCAACAUACAUGAAGAAAUCACCAUAGCAUCUCCGGAUGCCCUGAUUCGCAACACUAUGCAGAACGAGAUGCUUUUCGAUGGGAGUCGCAGUAUUGGUGGUGCGGGAUCCAUAGGUUCAAGUUCUAGCCAACACGGAACGUCUUUUACUUCUGUGGAGAGUUUGCGUAGUGAAGAGGGAGGUAUACAGCGUGCUAUGACCCUGCCUACCAAUGCACGAUACAAUUCACCUCACAUACAAUCUCAUGGUAAUCUCCGCAUCUUAACUUCACCUUCGCCAAGUGCAGAUAGUCUUACAGAUACUACAAAUUCAUCAUUUGCCACACCUCCUUUUUCGCUAAGUCCCAUCGGCGAGUCUCAGGGCAUAGAACGGUGGUCUAGAGUUCAAAAUUUCGAGGAUACCGACCUGCCUCUGCCUCCCAUUAAAUUGGUCAAGUUGCCUCCUCCCAGGACCCUGACCAUAAGGCGCCAGAAAUCGCCUAGACAAGAUUUUGGUUUCAGUCUACGAAAGGCCAUGUGCUUGGACCGCUCGGAGUCACUGGCAAAUCCUGUUUUUAGGCCAGUCAUUUUUGCAGAACCAGGGGCAGGAGGUGGCUCAACUGGUCUGUUGCCUGGAGAUCGUUUACUGAAAGUAAAUGGCACAUCGGUUUGUGACUUGGCGCGAGAAAUAAUUAUCGAAAUGAUCAGAAAUAGUGGUGAUUCCGUAACCGUUGAGGUGCAACCCGUUUCCGAGUUAGUUGAACUAAGUCGACGUUGCAUGCCACAAAAAAGUGCAAAUGGUGAUGAGGAUGAAAAUGAUCCCUCUAUACUGAAUGCGGACAAUUGCAACACACUGAAGCGAAGUGCCAGCAAACGAAUAAAGUCUCGCCACGGAAAUGAGUUACAACAUGAAAAUUCCCAAGAUGACUCGGCUGCGAGAGAAAAGAAUGGCAGUAGCGAUCGUGUGUGGCUGGUGCAUCGAGGAGGCUUCUGUGCUGCACUGCGUUUGCCCCAAACCAAAGCCCAUUUGGAAACCCACAAGGUGGUCAUACAAUUGCUGCACAAUGGCGAAGAAAUGACUGUGGACGAGGACGACAUUGAGAAGCAGAAUGAUUCGUCAUUCGAUUUGGUGGAGGACAUUUGUGAGCUGAAGCAUUUAAACGAGGCGUCAGUGUUGCAUUGUCUACGCCAACGUUUUGCCAGUAACCUAAUACAUACCAAAGCGGGGCCCACCUUAUUGGUGGUCAAUCCCAUGGCACCUUUGUCAUUGUACUCGGAAAAGGUGGUGUCUAUGUUUCGCGGUUGCAAAACUGAAGAUAUGCCUCCACACAUAUAUUCUUUGGCUCAGACCGCCUACAGGGCCAUGCUGGAAUCUCGCCGCGAUCAAAGUCUAAUUUUCAUGGGACGUUCUGGUUCUGGCAAGACAACUAGUUUUAAACACGCACUUUACUAUUUGGCGUUGGCAGCGGGGUCUGCAAAUAAUUUCCUAAAUGCUGAGAAAGUCAACUCGAUUAAUAUUAUCCUGGAAGCAUUUGGCAAUACAAAAACCUGUCUGAAUUCCAACGCUACGCGUAUGACGCAGCUUUUGAGUUUGGAUGUCGACCAAUCAGGACAAAUCGCGUCUGCAUCUUUGCAGGUAUUGCUGCCCGAACGUCAAAGAGCUGGUCGUCGCCUUAACAACGAAUACAGUUUCCACAUAAUGUCAAGAUUACUUGCUGGUGCUUCUGGAUCCCUGCAAAAAGAACUUCAAAUAGAUAGCCUGCCAGCCGAGGAUAAUCAUCCCUUUGUGUCGGUAUCACAAAAGCUGGAAGACAGACAAAGAGCUGCGGCGGACUUUAUGCGAACUACGUUGGCAUUCGAAACACUCAACAUAGAUCCGAAAGCUGUGCGCGGCAUAUGGAGCAUACUUGCUUCCAUCUACCACUUGGGCUUGGCCGGAGUAACCAUUGUGGGGGCAGGUCCUACAGCACGUACACAGUUCGCCAAUCCAUCGGCCGCUCGUAAGGCGGCUGGUCUAUUGGGAGUAUCCUUUGAGGAUUUAACAGGAGCGGCAUUUAACGUUAACUCAUCCGGCAGUACAUCCCCUUCCAAGGCAAUCACUGAUAGCCUCGAGCAGGCUUGGGAGUGUCUAGACUCGCUGGUGGUUGGUCUGUACUCCGAAGCGCUGGCAGCUGUGGUGGCUUUGAUUAAUAAAACAAUCUGCACUGCUGCACAUACAAUAGCCUCUAUAGUUUUGGUCGAUACACCCGGUUUCCAAAAUCCUGCUAGUUGUGGUUCCCAAAUUGGAGCUACGCUAUCGGAUCUCAAACACAACUACUUGCAAGAGCGUUUACAAUUGCUUUUCCACCACAACACUUUGGUGGCGCCCAGGGAUCGUUAUGCCCAGGAAUUGGUAGAGAUCGAUACCGAAUGCAUUUCCGACCUAAAUCCUGCGCCGCUGAUAGCGCUUAUCGAUAAAGCACCACAAAAUCAUGUUGUUCGAUCGUCACAGCGUGAUUUGAGAGAGCAGGAUCGGCGAGGUUUGCUCUGGCUGUUGGACGAGGAGUCCAUGUAUCCCAACUCAAACGACGAUACAUUCCUAGAGCGUUUGUUCUCACACUAUGGCGAUCGCGAGCAUCAGACGCUUUUGCGUAAGUGUACGGGACCAAAACAAUUUGUACUACAGCACUUGCAGGGCACCAAUCCUGUUUUGUACAGUGUUAAUGGCUGGGUGCGAAAUAGUCGUGAACACCCAGCCAUACGCAAUGCCGGUUCAUUGCUUCAGGAUUCCUCGCGUGAUGAAAUUAACCGCCUCUAUAUUGGCUCGCUAACACGUGGCUCGGGCGGUAUAGUCUUUUGCGGUUCUUUUGCUGGCCUCGAGGGUACUCAGUCACUAAGACGAGUCUCCAGUAUACGCAGAUCGUUCACUUCGGCCGGUGUUAAACGCAAUUCGAUCAUGUUGCAAGUGAAGUUUACAGUCGAUGGCAUUAUUGACACACUGCGACGCACAGGAACACAUUUUGUGCACUGUUAUCUGCUACAACACAACGCGGGACAGCAUUCUUGUCACUCUUCAAACGGUUCUCCAAAUACCUCGGCACUGCAAAAUGCCAAAGAAGAUCUUGUGAACAUUCCGCUUCUAAGAAGUCAAUUGAGGGGUUCACAGAUUUUGGAUGCUGCACGACUACACCGAUUGGGCUUCCCCGAAUCAGUUCCACUUGCGGAGUUCGAAAGGCGUUUUGGCCUUUUAGCUGGAGAAUGCAGCAAAGAUGUUGUUAUCGAACAAAUACUAUCAGCGAAUGAAAUAGAUCCAGCUACCUAUCGAAUAGGUCCAAGUCAGAUUCUAUUCCGAUCUGGUGUUUUAAGCGAGUUGGAGGCGAAGCGAGAUGAAUUACUUUCCGACAGAAUCAUACAAUUGCAGGCCUAUUGCCGCGGUUAUCUCGCACGCAGAUCAAUGGCCCAGAGAAGAGUGCAGGAAUUGGCGGUGCGUUGUAUUCAACGAAAUGUGAAAGCCUUCUUGGCUGUCCGCGAUUGGCCAUGGUGGCGUCUUUUGGUGCGUGUCACUCCUUUGCUAAAUGUCCACCGAACCGAGGAACAAUUGAAGUCGGCCAACGAAGAAUUGCUUACGCUGAGGGCCAAAUUGGAAAGAAUCGAAAAUGAUCGCAACGAACUUAAGACUGAGAAUCAAAAGCUGGAAGCAAGAUUAUCCGAAAUGACGGUGGAUUUGGCGGAAGAACGUUCCGCUGCCAAUAUGGCAACGGAGCGUCUUGAGGGGGAGACAGCUGAACGUCUUCGUCUGGAGAAGGAAUUGUCCGAAAAGGACAACAAAGUCAAAAAACUACAAGAAAACACUGAAAAAUUAGAAAUGGAGUUGAUUUGUGCCAAAUCUGACCUUAAUGGUAUUUCCGAAGAAGAAGAUAUUGAAAAUGACGAAGGCGGUUCCGGUGGGGUCUACAAACUGAAGUACGAACGAGUAGCCAAAGAAUUGGAAUUCACCAAGCGCCGUUUGCAAACGCAGCAUGAGCAUGACUUGGAACAGUUGAUCGGUCUUAAAAAACAAUUGGAAAAGAAGCUCUCCGAUGCCUAUGAAGAGGUCGAAGAACAAAGACAAGUGGUAGGCCAGUGGAAGCGCAAGGCUCAAAAAAUGACAAAUGAAAUGAACGAUUUGCGCAUGCUGUUGGAAGAACAGAAUGCUCGCAAUAAUUUAUUAGAGAAGAAACAAAGAAAGUUUGACUCUGAAUGUCAAGCGUUGCAGGACACCGCACGACAAGAACGCCAAGCCAAAGAGCGUUUGGCAAGGGAAAAAGAUAUUUUAAUUGCCGAAAAAUUCGCUUUAGAUCAAUCACUGGCAGACACUCGUCUUGAGCUCGAUCUCAAGGAAGAGAAGUUGGCUUCAUUGCAACGUGAGUUGGAGGAGAUGACAUUUGGUGGUGGCACCGAGGAAGAGAUCGCCCAACUGAGACGAUCCAAAAAUGAGUUGGAUCGUCGAGUUAAAGAGCAAGAGGAGGAGCUAGAUGAAAUGGCAGGCCAAGUGCAAUUAUUAGAACAGGCGAAAUUGCGGCUGGAGAUGACUUUGGAGACUAUGCGCAAAGACGCACGCAGAGAGGCUCAACAAAGGGAUGAAGAACUAGAAGAAGCUCGUGGUUGUGCAUAUAAGAAAAUCAAAGCUCUUGAGUGUCAACUGGAAACGGAGCACGAAGAAAGAACAUUACUGUUGCGAGAGAAACAUGAGCUGGAGCGUCGUCUUUCCUCGAUGGAAGAUCAGGAUCGAGUGGAUCGCCAGGCAGAGGAGGCGAUUAAUCAAAAAUUGCGUCGCGAUUUACGCAAAUACAAAGCUCUUCUUAAGGACGCCCAUGCCCAAUUGGAAAGACUGAAGGCGGACACGCCCGGCAAAACAUUAAUACGCCAGUUACGCAAUCAAUUGGAAGAUGCCGAGGCCGCACGAAGUAUCGCCAUGAAAGCUCGUCAAACUGCUGAAGCUGAUUUGACUGAACUGCAAGCGAUGUACGAAGAAUCCAAUAGAGCCCGAAAUGAAGCCGAAGAUCGGGCAACUGCUGCCCAACGUGAUCGCGGAGAGUUGCAGGCACAAAUCGAGGAAAACGAAGAGGAAAUGGCGGAACUCAUGAAGAAGUACAGUGCCACCGUUAAACAGCUGAAUACAGAGCAAAUUGCCGCCUCCGAAUAUGAGUUCAAGCUCUCAGAGUUGGAGGCUGAACGCAAUAGCCUCAAAGAGCUGGUAACCGAGUUGCAACACAGGCUAGAAAACGUGGAAAAUCUAGCUGAUCCCUCAGCAGCAAUGAUGUCGAAACGUUUGGAGUUGCGCUCCAAAGAACUAGAAUCCCGCUUGGAACUGGAACAGGCGACCAGAUCCCGUCUGGAGGUCCAAGUCAAUCGUCACAAAGAAGCACUGGAAAGACUACAAAACGAUGUAACGCAAGCUAAAGUUAGGGAAGUGCAAGCACAAGAAGCCCUCAAGAAGUCUCAGAAAAGUUUGCGUGAACUACGCGAGGAAUUCCAUGCUGUAUCGGGCCGCGAGCAAGAGUCUGUAACCAAACGUAAAGACUUGGAGAAGAAAGUCGAGCAGGUGGAGUCAGAGGCUAGCGCUCUAAAGAAUGAUUUGCGACUGGCCCUACAGCGCAUUGCUGAUCUUCAGCAAGCCAUGGAGGAGGGUGAUGAGGACUUGUCGGACAGUGAGGAGUCGCCCACUUCCGAUGGGUCCAUCAGCGAUUUAGAGGAACGUCUCAAACCCCUACAAACUCGGAGGCAAAAUGGAGGUACUACUGUUAGCACCACUAAGACAUUAGUACAUGAAAAGUCUGACAAUAGUCCCAGAAUCACAUUGACCUCUCCCUCCUCGCCGCACAUUUAUAAGCAGGCGCAAUAUGUUGCAAAGCUGCCCGACAACCAUCCCAUGCAAUCCUCAAUUGUGAGGAAAAUGGACUAUUUGAAAGUAGCCACUUACUAAGGCUAUUUGGAUAAUAUGGGUACUUUACAAAACAAACAACAAAAACACAUAUAAAUCGGUUGUAAUUCAUGUGAACAAAAGAUAACUUAAAAGAAAACAUAAACAAACAAAAUAAUAGAGAGAGUGGCACAAUAUUGUAACACCACUACCAUAUGCUUUUCAUACUUCCUUACUUACGUAUGUGCGUGCGUGCGUGCGUGCGUGCGCAUAAGCAAACGAUAGUUAACCGGCAGUAAGAAUUGUAAUGAUAAGCGAUUAUUUCAAAGGAUAAUUGCUAAGAUCCCAAGCAUAACCACACCCUCAACAAUAAGAACUACAACAACGCCACUACCACCUACGAACAUGUAAAUUCGAAUUAAUCAACUCUAGCCUACUCUCCUCUAACUAAAUGAUAAUCCCACUAUUUUUGUAAUACCACAAUACAUAUACAAAUAUUUGAAUUUCAGCCAUGAAUUGAAUGGAACCAACAUCAACAACAACAACAACAACAGCAACCACUCUCCAACAACACUAUACACAAAAGUCGAGUAAGGUUGAAAAUGCUUUAAUUCUCAUGCGUAUCUCAUAAGAAAAAGAAGUUUUGUUUUGCGUUUAUAAAAUCAUUAUUGUUUCUUUUCUUUCCUUUGUAAUUCUUUGCUGCUCAUUUUAGUUCAAUUGAUUUCGUUUAAAUUCAAUUCAAAUUGUUUUAUUGUAUUUAUGUAUUUAUACCAUAUAUAUAUAUAUAUUUAUAUUAUUAUUAUUUUUUUUUUUUUUUGAUAAUUUGUAAUAUUAUUUAUUCAUACAAAAUGUCAUUAUCACUUGGUUAACAUGAUGCAUAGUGCAUACGUACAUACAUAAUAUAUUUAUUAUAAAUAAUACAAAUAAAAUGAAUUGUGAAAACUGAAAAAUAACCAUGAAUAUAUUUAGAAAUAAAUAAAUAAUUGUUUCAUUUAAACAGUUUUUUUUUUGUUUGUUAUCAUUAUUAUGAUUAUUAUUAUUAUUAUUAUUAUUGAUUAUAUAUUUAAAACAAAACUCUCCCUUAACUCCAAACUCUAAUGGAUAGUUAUUAUUAAAUUAUUAUGCUUUCUAAUAAAAGAGUAUAAAAAAAUAAAAACAACAAAAACAAGAAUAUUACCAAGUAUUUAAUAUCAUAAAUCACCAUUUCAUCAUAACGGAAGGCAUUAAAGAGAAGAAGAAAAAAAUAGAUAAAUAUAUUACCUAAACCUAUCAAAACUUAUUCGCCGUAAUCAUCUCAUCCUAUAUCUUGAAAUUCCUAUGUUCCACUAAUUAUAUUCGUACAUACAUACAUACAUACAGACAUACAUAUUCAUAUUGUCAUUAUAGACUCGAAAUUAUUUAAUUCAAUGUCACAUGAACUCUCCUAAAUAAAUUUUAAACUUUUUUAAACUUAUUGUGAACACGAUAGCAAAAAAAAAAAAACAAAAACUAAAUCAUCUCAUUCAUAAUCGUAUCAUAAUCGACGGAACAUUUUACCGCGGAAUACAUUGUUAUUAACUAAACAAACAAAAAAUACAA